AUGGGGCCCUCUGAGCCGGCGGGCCUCCGUGCACGGUCCGGCUCUGCGCUCUGCAGCUCCGAGUCUCGAAGAGCGUGGCUCGGCUUUUAUGAGCUUCUUCAGAGGCUCAGACGUGACAAGGGUCAGUCUACUGCUGGCUUCUUUCAUUAUGUCACUGACCAAGACAUGGAGGGUGUUUCAAUUAGCUGCUCCAGGAGCGAUUCCAACUCUUACAUGGUAGAUAUAGAGGAAGUCAGUCACAAUUUAACAGAUAAUGACCAUCCCGUGGUUGUUGUUAGGUUUGUUGGUAAGGAGGAGUCAACCAAACUGUAGGGCAUGAAAGUGAAGGAACACUUGAGCAAGUUUCAAAUCAGCAGCCUCUCCGUGGUUAGUGGGAAGAUGACCAGUUUCAUAGAAAGGAAACUUGAGACUUCAACAGCUGUGAAACCAAUGGGAGAAUUUCUCAUUAAGGAAGAGGGUAGCAGCGGUCUUCUCAAGUCUGAAAAUGUGGGCAAAGAAAACCUUCCUGCAGCAGCACAAACAGAAAGACUGCUGCUCCAAAAGCUGGCAGAGAGCAAAGUACUUUCUGUGACUCUGCUGGAGGACUGUGUAGACGUGGUAGACUCAAGGAAGUGUGAUCUUUCUGUUGAGAUGCUGCAAGAGACCAUUAGUACACUGCAGCGAGCCAUAUUAAAGAUUUCUCAGCCGCAGAAGCAGCUUCUUAUGAAAUCCAAUGAAAUAUCCACUCCAAGUCCCACAAAUAAUCACCAGGACCAAAAAGUAAUGGAAAGUCAACACCUCUCAGAUUAUUUCAGAAACAAGAAACACCGGACAGAAGCACCUACCCCGCGCCCUGACUUCUAUUAUGAACGUAAACAAGGGAAGAGACCAAAGGAACUGAAGCGAAGGAAAAACAACAGAACAAGCACCCUGCGAGACAAGAAGUAA